AGGGGCUGGGACCAGUAGUGCUGCCACCAAGGCCCUGGCCAAAAAGAGGCGGCUGGAGGAAGAGGCCAAGAACAAGGCAGAAGAGGCCAUGGCCACGUACCGCACCUGCAUUGCUGAUGCCAAGACGCAGAAGCAGGAGCUGGAGGACGUGAAGGUGAACGCUUUGCGCCAGAUCCAGGAGGUCAUAAAGCAGAGUGACCAGAUUAUCAAGUCGGCCACCAUCUCCUACUACCAAACCAUGCACAUGCAGACGGCCCCGUUACCGGUCUACUUCCAGACCAUGUGUGAGAGCAGCAAGCUGUAUGACCCGGGGCAGCAGUACGCCUCCCACGUGCGGCAGCUUCAGCGGGACGUCGAGCCGGACACACAGUACGACUUUGAGCCCUACGUGUCCCACAACACCUGGUACGGCCUGGUCUAUCCCCCGGAGCCUGCGUCCCUGCCCGGCUGGGUCUGCAGUUAG